AUGGGCGACCCUCUCACUCUGUGAGGUCUCACUAACUUUUCAUCUGAUAUAUAUUUCUAAAGGGAAAAAUUAUUUGUUUUUGGUAACUAAGAAUCGUCAAACAAGAUGGCUCCAAAGAUUCAACAAACCAAAGCUGCUAAAGCCGCUGCCGCUUUAGCCGGUGGUAAGAAGGGUAAGAAGAAGUGGAACAAGGGUAAGGUAAAGGACAAGGCUCAACACAUGGUUAUCCUUGACCAAGAAAAAUACGACAGAAUUAUGAAGGAAGUUCCAACCUACAAGUACGUUUCCGUUUCUGUCUUGGUUGAUAGACUUAAGGUCGGUGGUUCCAUCGCCAGAGUUGCUUUGAGACAAUUAGAAACCGAAGGUAUCAUUGUUCCAGUUGUCAAGCACUCUAAGCAAGCCAUUUACACUCGUGCCGAAUAA